UGACUGCAGUAAAGAGGGGACGUUUAUUUUGAUUUAUUUCUUAAUUGCCGUGGUUAUAACCGCGGUGAAGAAGGGACCUUUAUUUUGAAAAGUUUCCCGGCUGUAGUUGAAUGCGGAAGAGGAGCUGGGCGGCGCUUCCGCCUGUGCUGAGGAAAGUUGGGCUGCCAGAUCAGGGCGGAUUCUCGGAUUUUGAUAAGAAGAUGGACAGUCAGGGGAGGAAAGUGGUGGUGUGUGAUAACGGCACCGGGUUUGUGAAGUGUGGAUAUGCCGGCUCUAAUUUUCCUGAGCACAUCUUCCCUGCACUGGUGGGGCGACCCAUCAUCCGUUCCACAGCCAAAGUGGGCAACAUCGAGAUCAAGGACCUGAUGGUGGGGGACGAAGCGAGCGAGCUGCGCUCCAUGCUGGAGGUCAACUACCCAAUGGAGAACGGCAUCGUGCGCAACUGGGAUGACAUGAAGCACCUGUGGGACUACACCUUCGGCCCCGAGAAGCUCAACAUCGACUCACGCAACUGCAAGAUCCUCCUCACCGAGCCCCCGAUGAACCCCACCAAGAACCGAGAGAAGAUCAUCGAGGUGAUGUUCGAGACGUACCAGUUUGCUGGUGUUUACAUCGCCAUCCAGGCCGUGCUCACGCUCUAUGCUCAAGGCCUGCUCACUGGCGUGGUUGUAGACUCUGGUGAUGGUGUGACUCACAUCUGUCCCGUGUAUGAGGGCUUCUCUCUCCCCCACCUCACACGACGACUGGACAUCGCUGGCCGAGACAUCACACGCUACCUCAUCAAGCUGCUGUUGCUAAGAGGUUACGCCUUCAACCACUCGGCUGACUUUGAGACUGUGAGGAUGAUGAAGGAGAAGCUGUGCUACGUGGGCUACAACAUCGAACAGGAGCAGAAACUUGCGCUGGAGACCACCGUGCUGGUCGAGUCCUACACUCUGCCUGAUGGCAGGGUAAUAAAGGUCGGGGGUGAGCGUUUCGAGGCUCCCGAGGCGCUCUUCCAGCCGCACCUGAUUAACGUGGAGGGGGUAGGCGUGGCCGAACUGCUCUUCAACACCAUCCAAGCAGCCGACAUUGAUACCAGGGCUGAGUUCUAUAAGCACAUUGUGUUGUCUGGCGGUUCGACGAUGUAUCCUGGUCUCCCGUCUCGUCUGGAGCGCGAGCUCAAGCAGCUUUACCUGGAGAGGGUGCUCAAAGGAGAUGUGGACAAGCUCUCUAAGUUUAAGAUCCGUAUCGAAGACCCCCCUCGCCGUAAGCACAUGGUGUUUCUGGGCGGAGCCGUGCUCGCUGACAUCAUGAAAGAUAAAGAUAAUUUCUGGCUGACUAGAGAGGAGUAUCAGGAGAAGGGCAUGCGCGUGCUGGAGAAACUCGGCGUGACCGUCAGAUAAACAACACACACAGAAACACACACCCACACCCACACACACACACACACACACACACACACACACACUUGAAUUAAUUCACACAUUCAUACAGGGUGGCAUUUUGGCAGUGUAUAAAUGGGGAAAAUAAGCAGUUCUACCUGAUUAUUAUAAUAAUGAUAAUAAUAAUAAUAAUAAUAAUGAUACUUGAAUUUUACAGUUGCAGCAUAAAAAUAUCAUCGUCUUAUUGGUGCAACCUUCUGACCACGAUGUGGACUUUAAAGCUCUGAUAAGGGGGAAAAAAACGGUUAAGUAAAAUCCUCACUCAUUAAAGUACUUGUUUAUGCUGCCAAAAUUAAUCCUAGGAUGGAGCUUCUCUCUCUCUCUCUCUCUCUCUUCAUGUCUUUCACAUUUUGUCGCCACUUGUCAUUUUUGAAGGACGUACAGCUCACACAAAUGGUUAAAAACGUGUAAAAUAAACUUGAUUAAAUAAAUAAAUGAAUCGCCAGGAGAUCCAGACAACAAGAACAAUGAACUGUAUGAACUGUAAGAUGUUUAAAGGUGCAGUCUGUAAUUUUUCAAAGAGUUCCUAGACCUGCAAUAAUCAUGCAAAUUUAAAGAUAACUCAGAAAAACUUUCAGUCACGGUAUUGGUAUACAACAGAUUUUGGCUAUUUUUUUUAUUUUUUUAUUUCAGGUUUCUGUUUACAUUUUUUCUGGCCCUGAAAUGAUCUCCCAGGCAAUGCUGGUUCACAACUGCCACGUUGCCAUAAAAGGCAACUCAAAGGCAAAUACAAUUUGAAUACAGGGGUUGUGGUUUUUGGUUUUUUUUUUUUCUAAAAAUUACAAACUGCUCCUUUAAAGCCAACAGGAUCAAAUGUGUAAAGGCACCCAGCUGAGAUGAGCUGCUUUUUUAAAAUGUAAAAUGUGUUACUAUCCUUUCUAUUUUUCUUUUUAAUUUCCUUUUUAUGUUUUUAUUGUUUGAUAUGUUGUCGGAUGUGCACACACUGUUCUACGAAAAUGCUCUGGUCCACUGGAGGGCGCUAAGGUGAACAAAUUCAUUCAAGUUUAUUAGCCGUGUAGUUUAGAGUGUAGCGUAGAAAAAAAAAUUAGGAUUGUGUUUCAUCCAUCAGGACCAAAUUACCAUCAUUCCCACUUAGUGUUAGAUCUGGUACAGGACCUUUCAGAAGUUAGCUUGGAGAAAAUUCUGGAUCGGUGUGAUUUUUACGACGCAGCCUUUAACAGGAACCAUCUUUAACGUUAAUGUUACGCGUGUUGACGAUAUCGUGAAUGAAACUGUUUCCAGAUCAGCACAGCAUUUGAAUGAAAUGUCAGCAGCAGCGCUACCCUCGGAACAUUCCCUCUUAAGUUCAGAUAUGCUAAUCAGGCUAACGAGGGGUGAAUGCUAGUGUUACUAACAAAGCUAACCUUCGUUCAUCGCCUGGAGAAUUAGCAUUGCUUUUUAUCAAACUGUCCCUUUAGCAGCCACUUCGCCAUCGAGUCCACCAUUGUUUAUCAGCUCAAAUCUGUCUGCUGAUCACCGUCACAUGUUUUUAAUGUAGGCUGGAAUUUUUAUGUUGUUUUCUUUUCCUUUCUUUUUGGUAUGCGCUUUCUAUUUUGAUACGGUUCAUUUUCUCGUACACGGUUUGUUGGGUUAGCGCAGCUCGCAUACACAAGCAGGUUUUGUGCGGUCUAGAUGAAACUUUAAAAAAAAAAAAAAAGGAAAAAAAAAAAGCUUACAGGGCUAAUUUAUCAAAACAAUGCUAAUAAGGCUAGCCAUGUUGCUAAUGUUGCUAUGUGGUAUUUGCGGUUAUAUUAGCAACAGCUAUCCUCACAUUUAAACGGCUAAUAGGUAGCUAGUGUUGGCAGUUGGCUAGCUAGCUUAGAAUGACAUUAAGGAAGCUGCUGAGGAGCUAAAAGGUGAAAAAAAAAAUCAUAAAUAUAAACAAAAUUCAUGACCAUUAACACUUUGUUUAUGUAACAACAGACAGAAAUCAUGUUUCUAAAAAUUAUGAAGGAUAUUUUUUUUUUUUCUUUUUAAGAUUAGCGAUAGCUUUUUACCUCGGGCUUGAAAGCCUGGCUGCCAUUUUGAGCUGCACGUGUUGCUAUGGUAACAGUAUUACAUAGUAAAUCUACUGGCAGUUACACAGAACACGCUUCAUUUUAUUCGUACGCUAACAGGCAUUGUAGCGUAGCGCUCAAUAGUUACUAGCAUAAAAAAUAAAGAAUUUAAAAGUAUUUAAAAAAAAAGAAACAUAAACCACAUUUUGAAUCAACAUUUGCUGACUAGCGAUCCCCAUUAGCAUUGUUUCUGCGUACUGGCCCUUUAAAUGCGAGGAUGGUUGUUGCUAAUAUGACUGGCAUUGUAAUUAUGAGUAAUGCUAAUAUUAUUGAUGAUUUAUUAUUGUCAGGAAUAAUUUUAAUCAUGAUUAAUAACAGCAGCGUGAGUGGUUAUGAAAGCUAAAGGCUUCCUCACGCACAGAAUAAGUGAAUAAAUAUAUCGCAGGAUUUUUUUGUUAUCCCCGAGCAGUAACACAGUGCCAAGUGUGGUGACUUUUUUUUAACUUUUAUUUUUUUUGGGGGGGGGUUUUGUUUGAUUUCUGUGUUUUGUUUUUAUUUUUGUUUUGUAGCGUACUGCCAAACAACUGAUUUAAAUAAAGUAAAUUCAUUUAUAAUUA